ACAGAGGAUCUAAAGGUGGUUGGUCCAGAUGCUUCUCUUGUCUCUGUAGCUGGUAAAAACCUGGUUUUGCCAUGUUUUAUCAAACCCAGUACCAGUGCUGUGGACAUGACAGUGGAGUGGAGGAAACUAGAUGCAAAGAACUUGUUAGUGCAUCUCUAUAAAAAUCAUGAAGACAGAAAUGAAGAUCAGGCUCAGUCCUACAGAGGAAGAACAUCACUGUUUAAAGAGGAGCUACAGAAAGGCAACGCUUCACUCAAGCUCUCAGCUCUCAGAGUCUCUGAUGAAGGACAAUAUCACUGUCGCAUUGGAGAUGAAUCCUGGGUGGAUGAUACUGCUUUUUAUGUCAGGGUUGAGGCUCAGGGGAGCCACCCAGUGAUCAUGAUGGAGAGUUAUGAUAACUCAGGAGGGAUUAAUCUAGUGUGUGAGUCCAGAGGCUGGAACCCUGAACCUGAGGUUUUAUGGCUGGACAGGGAAGGAUUCACUUUGUCUGCUGAAGAGACACAGAUACAAAGAGAGACUGAGGGCUUCAGUGUAAAACGCCGCAUCACUGUUCAUGAUUAUAGCAGCUGUAACAAAUUUUACUGCAGAUUUCUCCUAAACCGUCACAUGAUGGAAGCAGAGGUCAUCAUUAAUAGUAAAGUCUUUAAUGCUUGGAAGUUUGCUGUUGGCAUUUCAGUUCCAGCAUGUAUAACUGCUGUGGGAUUGAUAAUAACUGCAGCUGUUUUUUACAAGAAAGAGCCACAGAGACGAAGGAUAGAACAAAAGUUAGCAAAGAUGAAGAAGUCGGCAGUGAAUGUGACUCUGGAUCCUGAUACAGCAAAUCCAUAUCUCAUCCUGUCUGAUGAUAGAAAAGAAGUGAGAGACGGAAACACUUGGCAGAAUCUCCCUGAUACACCACAGAGGUUUGAUUACGAGCACUGUGUUGUAGGAAAGCAGAGUUUCUCCUCAGGGAGAUUUUAUUAUGAGGUUCAGGUCAGCGGGAAAACAGGGUGGAUAUUAGGAGUCGUGAGGGAGAACAUUAACAGGAAGGGGGGGAUUACAGAAAGUCCUCAGGAUGGAGUCUGGACUGUAGAACUGUCGAAUGAGAAUGAAUAUGAUGCUAAUGCUGGUCCUGAUGUCCCCCUCACACUGAGAGAGAAGGUGGAGAAGGUGGGGGUGUUUGUGGAUUAUGAGGAGGGUCUGGUCUCCUUUUAUGAUGUGAACUCCAGAUCUCAUAUCUACUCUUUUACUGGUCAGUCUUUCACUGAGAAACUCUAUCCAUACUUCUAUCCUUGGGAAAGCUGGACAUUCAGCUGGUACACAGAUGUUCCCUACAGAGACAGUCAGGGUUCCCUCAGCCGACUGGCGGAUGCAGCAGUGGCCUGUCUUCGAAACUGGGCGAUGGAGACGGCUCUAGCUUGUUCUCGGGGUCGAGCGGUGGUGGAACACCUGACGUCGCAGCCGGGUGGUGGAGGCAGUCCUGGAUCCUAUUUUUGGACAUGGCUGAUGAGGCAGGGCCGGAUCAAUGUAGGUCGGGCAACGGAGGCAGCACUGCAUCUCUCUUGUAAAUCGUGCAUCGUAGGCAGCGCUGGGUUGUCCUUACAGCCGGAGCCUCCACUGAGGCUCUCGGACGAAAAUGGAGCCUAUACUGAGGCUCUCGGACAAAGGUGGAGCCUCCACUGA